GAACAUUAUAUACUUUUUGUAAAUCUGCAAUUAGUGACCAUAAAUCAUUAUUUGUAAUAUUAGUUGUGUUGUUUGGUAACUUGUAUUACUUUGUUAUAUAGUUAUCUAUUAUUUUUAGAUCUGGUUAAAAUAAAUAAUUAACAAAAAUUAUCAACCAAUUAAAUUAUAACAGUUUUCUAAAAUUUCACAUAUGAGUGACACGUAAGCAAAAAUCACUUAAAUGAAAUCUUAAUAUAUAGUUGGAUUAUUUUAAAAAACUCAUAUCAACAACUAUUAGAUUUGUUUUCUUAUAGUAAACAAAAAAUAUAUUAAAUAAGCACUAUAUUUGCAUCUCUAUCUUGUUGACAAUAAACAAAUCUAGUAGUCAACAAAUAUUAAACAAGUUGUAAUAAUGUUUUCUUAAAAUGAGCACCUGUUCUUGCAUAUCUGUCUUGUUAUCUUUAAAUUUGACACCCACUUUAAUUUUAUUUCAUUUUUCUUAACUCAUCAAAAAUUUCUAUUAUUUGUGUUUGUUGAUUUUGUAUAUAUAUUAACAAGCUGACAGAAACAUAUUCUACUAUAAGAUUAAGAAAAUAAAGUCUAAGCAAGCUCUAUUGACAAUCUUUUUCAAGAACUUUUUAAGUAUGAGGGUUUCUACUUUGUUUGUGGUUUCUUGUGUACUCAUGUUCUUCGUUACAAGUCAUGCUAAAGUUGCGGCGGAAGAUCAAAAGGGUGGAAUUGUUAGAUGGUUUGCUGGAGUUUGCGGUCCUAACGGAAGCAAAAAAUGCUUAGCUGACAUGAAAGAAUAUCCUCGUUGUGAUUGUAGAGAUGACCACUUUCCGACAGGACAUUAUUGCAUGUGUUUUCAUCAUUAAUAUAUUUAUCUGACAAGAUUUACUAUGUCUAUUACCAAAAUCUAUUUAGCAAUAAGACUAUCUCUAUUUAUCUGCUCAAGAAAUUAAAUUUUAUUUUGUCAUUUUGUGUUUUUAACGCUAGUUAGUUAUACUAUUAUAAACUAUAAAAAUUAUCUAGACAUUCUAAAUAUAUUAAAAAAAUUAUACAUCUUAUGAAAAUUUACAUGUGACUUCACCUUCCUAAACCGUCUUAUGAGAUCCAUAUUUAGUGGUUUUAUUUGUAUUGUAUUAAGGAUUUCAUGAAAAAAAAUCUUUAUCAAUCUGCAUAAUUCACUUUCGCUAAGAUUCAAAAUCCAAAUCUCAAUAUAUAUAUGAACUCUCAAUGAAACCAUAGGAUUGAACAGGUUUCUACCAAUUAUUGUGUCUUAAAACAUGACUAAUUUGCUAUUGGUAGAUGAUUCAAUUUCCGUUUGAAUGUCGGUUUGAUGUUUGAAUGAAGGUUGAAUGACCUGAUGAAACUUUAAGACAAGUUUGCAGAAGUUUGUUGGUGGUUUGCCAAAGCAGUUGAAAUCUGCUGAAUGCCUUACUAAACCUCUGCGUUUUGGAGAUGGAAGACAAGUUUACAAUACUGAUUGCGACAGAGGUUUCGUUUCACUUUAGACUGAGUAUAAAUACUCUCCUUGGUAUAUUCCAUUUCUUUAACCUAAAAAUCUAAAAAGUGCAGAAAACAGUGUUUUGAAAAACAGUUUUCUUGUUGGUCGCUUGUGCUCUUGUUUGAAGAGUUCUAUCAUCAUCUUUGAUCUAUAGAAAGCCAGGACUGAAUCCUUGGGGUCUUUUACAUUUUCUGUUCAUGUCUUUUCUUUACACAAACGAGAGUAGACAAAACAGAGCGAAAGAGAGAGUUGUUUCUUAACUCAUAUAAAGUAUGUAACAAUCGUGUUCCAAAAAAAAAAAAAAUGUAACAAUCAUGUACUUGGAGAAACAUAAUUAUAUUAUCCAUACCACAUUUCUAGUUCUACAUCUAGCGUCUACAGAUUCCAAUCUAUUAUAAAUCUUUGGCCAGAGUUCCACGUUUUUUCGAACUAAAUUACUAUAUAUUCUCUAAAGACAAAAGCCACCUACUGUUUUGUCUCACUUGAUUUGAUUCCGUCCCUUUUUAAUUAAUUAUAUUACCCAUGAGAUGCUCAAGCCUAUGUAAUAUAAACAAACAAAAAAGUGUAAAAUAUUCGUACGUUGUCCAGUUCUCAACUCCUAUAAAAAUGUUUAGAGAACUUGAAGUACUCGUCAGAAAGUAAACUCCGAUAGAUACUCUUACUUUCGCACUUUAACUUUCUCAUUAGGAAAAAAAAGAGAGUAAUAAUGGAGAGACAAAAGAGUAUUAUGGAGAGACAGAAAAGCAUGGAAAGUGGUUUACUCAGGAAGAGUCUCAGCAUAAGAGAAAGGAAACACCCAAACGAAGACGGUUAUCUUGAAACCGGUUUAUCAUCAAAGAGGCAUAAAGAAGUGAAGAAGCAUCACAACGAAGAUGGUGAAUGUUGUGUCACGACCUCUGUGUGCCUUAUCACCUUUAUCGUCGUUACUGGCUCUUUCUGCGUCGGUUGUGGUACCGGUUAUUCUUCAGUUGCCCAACAUGGAAUUGUCAGUGAUUUAUCUCUCUCAGUUGCAGAAUACUCAAUGUUCGGGUCAAUAAUGACAUUAGGAGGACUCAUUGGUGCAGUAUUUAGCGGUAAAAUUUCUGAUGUUUUGGGAAGAAAACGAACAAUGUUUCUCUGUGAAGCUUUCUGCGCAACAGGCUGGUUGUGUAUCGCACUGGCUAAGGAUGCACUUUGGCUGGACUGUGGAAGAUUCCUACUUGGAAUAGGCGUUGGCAUCUUUAGCUACGUGAUUCCCGUGUAUAUAGCGGAAAUAGCACCAAAACAUGUUCGAGGAUCGUUCGUGUUUGCUAAUCAGCUGAUGCAAAAUUUUGGGCUUUCACUAUUUUUCAUCAUUGGAAAUUUUAUUUCCUGGAGAUUUCUAUCAAUCGUUGGUAUGGUUCCAUGUGUUCUUCACGUCGUUUGUCUAUUCUUCAUUCCUGAGUCUCCAAGAUGGCUGGCAAAAUUUGGUCGUGACAAAGAAUGCAGAGCUUCUUUACAACAACUAAGAGGCCAUGACGUGGACAUCUCACAAGAAGCUAACGCAAUUAAAGAUACAAUGGAUUUUUCACAACAAAUCGGUGAAACUGGGUUUGUGGAACUGUUUCAGAGGAGAUAUGUAUUUCCGUUAAUUAUCGGAGUUGGUUUGAUGCUCUUGCAACAACUGUCCGGUAGCGCAGGUGUUAUAUAUUAUGCUAGUAGCCUGUAUGAAAGAGGAGGUUUCCCGAGCGCUAUUGGCACGUCUGUAAUGGCGACAAUCAUGGUACCAAAAGCGAUGAUUGGAACAAUUAUUGUCGAUAAAAUGGGAAGAAGAACUCUACUGAUGGCUUCUUGUGCUGGAAUGGGCCUGUUUGCUUUGCUCUUAAGUGUUUCCUAUAGUCUUCAGUCAUUCGACAUUCUACCAGAACUCACUCCACUUUUUACCUUCAUCAGCGUACUGGGUUAUAUUAUAUCAUAUGCUUUGGGCAUGGGAGGGCUACCAUGGAUUAUAAUGGCUGAGAUAUUUCCUAUGAACGUAAAAGUUUCAGCUGGAACUUUAGUUACAGUUACCAACUGGGCAUGUGGUUGGAUUAUUACUUUCACCUUCAAUAUAUUAAUGCAAUGGAAUGCAUCAGGAACAUUUUUAAUUUUCUCCUCCGUGUCAGCCGUGUCGAUCGUGUUUAUCUAUUUCAUAGUGCCUGAGACGAAAGGAAGGUCACUCGAAGAAAUACAAACAUUGCUUUCCAAUUCUGUUCAUUAAUACCAAAGUAUCAUUUUAUUUCUUGUUGCAAGAAAAGUAAAAAACAGAGAAAAGAGUUAUAAAUUUAUUAGCGUCCAUGUGAGUUUGACUUGUGUUGGAUGAUUAUAUCGAAUUUUUAUUUGGAGCCUAAAACAACACGUUAUUUUUGAUGUUAAAAUAAUUAAAUAUUUAUAUAGUUAAAAAAAAUUAUAAA